GCACGUUAAAGUUAACUACUCUUUCCAUUUAAUUCGUAAGCAUCCACAUCAUGCCAAUCUUUGGGGGAUCUGAUUCCGAAGACGAAAGAAUGAUGCAUCAACAAACUAAGCUCUUCAAUCGCCAACGAUCAAUUCACUCUAUAUUGGGAGGAGGCACAGUUGCGGAUAUUUUGUUAUGGAGAGAGCCGAAAAUAGCUGCAACAUUGGUGAUAGGAGUUAGUCUCUUAUGGUUCUUAAUGGAAGUAGUGGAAUACAAUUUCAUAACCCUAGUUUGUCAUGCUUCCAUGACCUCCAUGCUUCUUUUCUUCAUUUGGUCCACUGCUUCUGAUUUUCUCAAUUGGGAAAGGCCAAUCAUACCUGAAGUGGUACUAGACGAAUCUUCUUUCAAGGAAUUAGCAACAAGCUUUCAUGUUAGAUUCAACCAAAUCCUCUCCAAGCUUCUUGAUGUUGCUUGUGGAAGAGAUCCUCCACUCUUUUUUCUCACAACAAUCUCACUUUACAUCCUAUCCGUCAUCGGGACAUGUAUCAACUUUAUGAAUCUUCUGUUCGUAGGGUUUGUAAGCAUGCAAACAUUGCCGGUUAUGUACGAGAUGUACGAGAAUGACGUGGAUAGAGUUGUGGGUAAGUUGAUGAGAAAGAUGAGAAAACUGUACAGGAAAGUCGACUCGAAUGUUCUUAGCAAAAUCCCUAGAGGAACUGCUAAAAGCAAGAAACAUGCAUAAUUUCUUCAUGGUUUUACUCGUCUAUGUAUAAUCGAUAUUUAUAUGCAUAUGAGUUAAUGAUGUCUGUAAUAAUUAUACUAAACAGAAAAUUGAAUCCUUAGUUCAAAUAAAUGAAAGUGUCAUGGUUUUGUGUUU